CAGCGGAUGGCGGCAAGAUGCUUGGGAGCCUGUUUUCUUCCUUCCACCAUGGUAGAUCUGUUAACACCAGUGACUACAGCUACAAGUUGCUUCUCCAGGUACUGAAAGGUGCAGGCCAGAGAUCUUGUGCUCUUCAUAGCUGCUGCCUAGUCCUGCCCUGAGAAGAAGCAUCAAGAAGGCGGACACUGCCCUCAGAAGAAGCAGCAGGCAGGCACUGCACCUCUGCUGCGGGCACCGUGUGAGGCUCCCGGUGACGCCUGCUGUGCCUCCCUGCACCAGCUGCUAUGGAGACCCUGUCCCAGGACUCUCUGCUGGAGUGCCAGAUUUGCUUCAACUACUACAGCCCCCGCAGGCGGCCCAAGCUGCUGGACUGCAAGCACACCUGCUGCUCGGUGUGCCUGCAGCAGAUGAGGACCAGCCAGAAGGACCUGCGGUGCCCCUGGUGCCGUGGGAUCACCAAGCUGCCGCCGGGGUACUCUGUGUCGCAGCUGCCCGAUGACCCGGAGGUGAUUGCCGUCAUUGCAAUCCCCCACACCUCGGAGCACACCCCUGUCUUCAUCAAACUCCCUAGCAAUGGCUGCUACAUGCUGCCCUUGCCCCUCUCCAAGGAGAGGGCACUAUUGCCAGGAGACAUUGGCUGCCGCCUCCUGCCUGGCAGCCAGCAGAAGUCCCUGGCGGUGGUGACAAUCCCGGCGGAGCAGCAGCCGCUGCAGGGCGGCCUUCCUGCCGAGGGUGGAGCCGAGGAACCGGACCGGAGAGGCGUUGUGAAAAGCUCCACCUGGUCAGGGGUAUGCACUGUGAUCCUGGUGGCCUGCGUCCUGGUCUUUCUCCUGGGCAUCGUCCUCCACAACAUGUCGUGCAUUUCCAAGCGCUUCACGGUGAUCUCCUGCGGCUGAACUGAGGAGGAGAGUGUGCUCCCCCAGGGGUCGGGUUGGGUUGGUGACGGUGGUGGGAUGGAGCAAGACAAUUCACCACAGCUUUGCCCAGUGACUGUGGAAUGCUGUGCACCGGGGCAGCCGUGUGCCAGCCUGGCCGCAGCUCCCAGCGGUGCGGCCUCGGGCCUCUUGGCAGCGUGCGGAGAAAAUCGCGUCUGGCGGCAGCGGCACCGAGGAGGACUGCAUGCGUCACCAUAAUCAUUUUCCAAAGGGACUGCAACUUAGUGAUUUUUUUUAUUUUAAUCAUGUUGUAAGAUUAAAGACCUCUAUGUAGCUGGCUGUACUGUAAAGUAUACAGUAUGAGCUCUUCUCUAAACACAGUAGAUUAAAAUCAAAACUGCUCCAUGUAGAAUAAAAGGAGAGUCGGUGUGUGACUCUGCACAAGGUAUUCAAUACCAGUUCGCACAUGCAUUUUUUAAUGGAGGAGGGAGAGAGUUGGAAAACCAAGAAAUCAUUUAUCUGUUAAGGCAUUUUAUAUGUUUGAAACAGCACAUUAAUUAAGCCAAGCUAGGAAGUUGUAUGAUAGUUUUUAAAAGCAUUUUACAAGCAAUUGUUUCGUUCCAUGGUGUGUGGGGUUUUUUUUACCCUCUGUUUUUACCCCCUCUGUUUUUCCCCAGUUUUUUCAGCUCCAGGGAAGUGGCAGUUUCAGCAUCUUGCAUUUGAAGGAGCUCCCGAGCAGGGAAGCAGAGAAGGCUAGGAGGAACGCCUAAAAAUGCAGCCAGAACACUUCUGCCUAACUGGCUUCAGGCAAAGGAUGGACAUGCUAUUUUACCUCUGAUCUGGCAGCAAAGCCUCCAUAUGACCUGGCCUUCAUAGCCAUUAGUGAAGAAAUGGGUCAUGAGAAGUCCUAGGGCUCCUUCCUGCAAGGACAUGAUAGUAAAUUGUUCUGCUUUGUCUGGAAGUUGGGUUUCCUUAAUUGUUUUUGAAGAAUUUAGGCCCCUCUUGCUUCCCUCUUCCUAGGAGAUGCAACUGUGCAUCCAUGGAUGGUGUAACACAGGAGUUACUCUAAGGAAGCCUCACUAUCCCAACUAAGACCAAGGACCUGUAUGUACAGUCAUCUAGUAAGAGGCAGUGACAUAGCUGGGAGGAGAACCCAGGCCACCAUAAUCUCCUACUGUGUGGGCUGCUACUCCUAAACCGCUAUGGUCCUGGUGUUGAAAUUUCUGGGUGAGCGUGACAGAGCCUUUUCACAAAUUUCAGUCUUAUAAAUGUUGGCAUUCGUAAGGACAAAAUUAAAAAAAAACCAAACAAAAAGGAAACGUCUCCCUCCCCCUGUGAGUGUCAUGAAACCCCAGUCAUUUGCAGUUCACUUCUUGGAAAGAGCCAAAUUCCUGAGCCUUCCCUGCAAUAGCUCCUUGCUCUAAGCAGUCCCACUAGCUCUAGUAAUGCUGCUUGUAAGUAAAAUAGAGCUCAGGGUGAAUUUGGGUAUUUGGCAAGUCUGAAAGCUGAAGUUUGUGUGAGAUUUAGGGAUCUGGAUCAAGGGGCACAUGACAAACCUCUAAUAGGAUGGAAAAAUCUAUUGAUUUGCACUUAUUCUUUUCGCAAGUGUGAUCUCUUGUCUACGUACUGCUCCUUCUAAUAAUUAAUUAGAGAUGGCUCAGUGCUGUAUUAAAUCACCAGAGAACAUAAUUUUUACUACCCAGUGCCCAAGUUGGCCUUGUGGGCAUCAGUGGUUUUCUGGUUAUGUCACAAAAUCCCGUUGCUGGUUCACAAGUAUUCUCAGCUAGGACUUCUGUCAGAAGCAUACCUCUAACUUCGUGCUGGAUUUCCCACCACCACCCCCCCCCAAGUUCCCAAACAACCAUUUUCUUCUUGAUUUCUGUCAACUGAAGAGUAGCAUAUGUGGUGCUUAAUUGUUACAUGUAUGGAGAGGAAGCAUUGUGCUGAUUUUUGUCUAUUGUCAUGUAUGUAUAGCACAGCAAAAAAAUUUAAUCCUCAGAUAACACAUUCAAUGCCUUUUUGUGGAAGGCCCAUGUGCAGUAUGCCUUGAACCUGACUUAAGAGUAUUGUAAUACAUGGACACCUCUCUGCAGCAUGUUUAAUUUGGUUGCAGUAGGGAACAGCAGGAAUUCCAACUUGUGUCUUGUGAGCGUGCUAGUCUCUUGUUGCCAGUAGGUAGCCGGAUUUCUACUCCCAUCCAUGCUAUGCUGCUUUUUGUGUAAAAGAAAGCCAGUUCACAAACAAAAUAAAGAAAUUUUGCCUUCAUAAGACUCUUGAGGAAGUGACCAGAUACAAGACUUGGCCCUCUACUCCCUUGUCCUCUGUGGCAACUGAUGGGUCUACCAGGAGCAUAUAGCACAGCUGGAAGGUGCUCUGAGAACAGUGCUGAUACAUUUUGCACCAGCUUCUGCAUUUGUUUGUCUGGGUUGUCAAUGAUUGCACAAAAACUCAAGGCAGUCAAAGAGCAGGUCCUGGAGACCCCACCUGGAAUACUGUGUACAGUUCUGGUGCCCUCAGCACAAGAGAGAUAUAGACUUGUUGGAGAGGGUUGGGGCUGUUCAGCCUAGAAAAGGCUCUGGGGACACCUUAUAGUGGCCUUCCAGUACCUGAAGGGGGCCUACAGGAAAGCUGGGGAGGAUCUUUUCAUCAGAGAAGACAGUGAUAGGACAAGGGGUAAUGGUUUUAAACUGAGAGAGGGGAGAUUUAGGUUAGAUAUUUAGGAAGAAAUUAUUCACUAUAAGGGUGGUGAGGAACUGGAAUGGGUUGCCCAGGGAGGUUGUUGAUGCCCCAUCCCUGGAGGUUUUUAAGGCCAGGUUGGAUGAGGUUUUGUGCAGCCUGGUCUAGUAGUAGGGUUCCCUGCUCAUGGCAGGGGGGUUGUAUCUUGAUGAUCUUUAAGGUCCCUUCCAACCUUAAUGAUUCUAUGAUUCUAAAAAGUGUUCAUGUUAACCUCCUUCUGGCUGUGCCUGCCUGCCUGAAGCUCUUGAGGCCAAGGUUUCUAUAGCAUUGCAAAGAAUGGCUGUCUUGAAUACAUCCCUUCUUCAUCCCUAAGUGGAGAGUCCAGAGAAAGAGAAAUCAGAAAUUAGGUUAAAAUACCACACUGCAUAACAUGUUAUGCAACAGGAAGACCUGGAGUUUAUCCGGUAUUAAUGACGUAAGAUAUUAGCACAAUACCAUCCUGUAUUACGUAGCACAGUGCGUUGUUUCAUUAAUAUGAAUUUCCUGUACUUUUUGUGCCUGCGGAUAUGCAUGUUUGACCUAAUUUCUGAUCCAGACAUUUGCCUGCUCACAGACUUGUGUAAGAGCAAUAAUAAAACCUCAAGAUUUUUGUCUGCGUGUGCAUGUGUGCACGCACAGUGUGUAUGUUCCUUCCUUUUUAUAAGUAGGAGUUCUGGAGAUGUUUUUGUUCUGGCUUAGACUGUGACUAUCAUUUUAAAUUUGCAGCUGCCGUAUCAUGUUGGAUCACCUAGCUUUUUUGCUUACUUGUGUAGAAAUGAACUAGUUUGUUGUAAUGUACAGUGUUAAAAUAUAUCUCAAGUAUGUCUAUAGUCAUACAACUUUAAAAAUGCAGGGCAGUCUGUCCCAUUCCUUUGUCCAAUACCUAGCAUUAGAAAGUGAUACUGCUAUACACACUUUUUGUUUUUUGUUUUUUGUUGUAGCAGCCUUGUCUUUGUAAUUUUUCUCUGUGGAAAAACACAUUUGAAUUAGUGUCAAAAGGAUCAGGUUCUGGGCUAGUUUUGUUCCCUGAUGUCCAGUAAGAAAUCACUGCCCAGUUCCACCAAAACCAAGAAGGAGACCUACUGUGACACCAGUACUGUUUGAGGAACCAAAAUUUAUGUUAAAAUUUGUGGGCAGUUACUCAAGCACCUGCAUUUUUAGAGCAAACUACUCUGUAUGAAUGAGUAUUUAUUUGCUUGUUUAAUGGGAAGGAUGUGUGUGUUGGGGUCCAGCUUUGCUAUUUUUGUGGAAGGUCCCAACUUUUAUUUUUGGCUUGUGCUUUCAUGGCAAACAGACUUUAGGGUUCACUCUGUGAAAUCUUAUUUAGUGAAUUUUAAAAAUUCAAAAUAUGCAAUUUUGGUAUGUGGGAUUUUUUUAGGAAGUUGUGUUCAGUGAUUGUUCAUGCUUAACCAAGAUGUAAAGGAGCCUGGAUGUUUUGUAAACAUGGAGCAAUCAUGAGUCCAAAGUUUCAUCUUUAUUAAUGAAGCUCAGUUUGAAUAAAACAUUAGCAGGAAAAGAAUGACAUGAAGUGAAUUAUGGUAUCUCUUAUUUUGCCAUCAAAUGAAGGGCAUGGAUGGGAAUUUUGGAGAAUUGCUCAGUAUUUUAUGCGAGAGUGGCUGAAAUUUGACUCGGUGUUUUAAGGCAAAGUGUUACGUGUGGGUUGUGAAUACAAUAAAGGUUUUUAAAGUUUUAAUUA